AUGAAGUGUGACAAACAGUUCUUCGACGAUGUCGCAUAUGAAAGGAGCGACGUGGCCUUGGAAGAGACGGAGAAGAGCUUUCGGAGAAUUUCAACUUGUCGCGAGUUGAGUUCCCUUAUGGAGAGGUACCUUGGCAAUCGUAGUAAUCUAAGGCGCCGAUUGAUCAAGGGAUCCUACAACGUUAUCUACAAAUUUACCGUCGAGGACCGCGGAGCUGAAGGUCGUGGCGAGGAAAUAAUUCUGAGAAUCCCUUUCCCCGGCGUCGUCCAGUUUCCAGACGAAAAGACACUUAUGGAAACAGCAACCAUGCUUUACGUCAGUGAGAAGACUUCCAUUCCGACCCCUCCUGUAUAUUAUUACGGAUUGUCAAUUGAGAAUCCCACUGGUAUUGGGCCAUUCAUUAUCAUGGGCUAUGUCGAGAACGACGGGGCAUUUUCUCAGGCGUUAGACGAUCCUGAACAUCUAGGCAAAGAUGGACCACCAGCCUUAGAUCCCAACGUUCCUGAAGAGAAGCUCGAAUUCCUCUACGGCCAAAUGGCUGGUUAUCUCUUGCAGCUCUCGAAACUAAAGUUUCCCCGCAUCGGUUCUUUAUUACCUAGCAGUAACGGCCACGGCCUCCCCUCUGUGGAGGGACGUCCUAUUUCCUUAAAUAUGAACUCACUCAUCCAACUCGCAAAUGUCCCGCCUAUCGUGCUCCCGGCGAAAGGAAAAACCUAUAUCACAGCCGAUGAAUGGUACCUUGCGUUAGCGGAAAUGCAAAUGGCACAUCUCGUCUUUCAACAUAAUGAUCUCACAUAUUCAGAUUACGACUGCAGGAAUAAGUACGUGGCGCGCCAGCUCUUCCGGAGACUAGCGAAGGAGGGGAAGCUUUCGACUUUUGGCUUUGCGGAUGAUGACUGGUCGGCACAGUCUUCACGCUUCUCAUCCAAUCCUGAUUCCAGUACAAAUCGAGGCCCAGGACUUUCCUCGGCCCCAGACACACGGGGCCCAUUCCAUCUCUGGUGCGACGAUCUCCGUGGCGGUAAUAUCCUGGUGGAUAAGGACUUACGAGUAGCAGCCCUUAUCGACUGGGAGUUUGCAUACGUGGGCCCGGCGCAGUUCGCCCUCGACCCACCAUGGUGGUUACUGCUGGAGGAACCCGAGUGCUGGCCAGGAGGGAUACAAGAGUGGAGCAAGAUUUACGACCAGCGCCUAGAAACCUGGUUACGUUGUGUAGAGAUGGCCGAAGAGGAGGAGGCGGAGAGGGCGAAACCAUCAGGUGGAACCGAGGAGAUGGUGCGGAGAAGCGAGCAGAUGGCGUUAGAGGAUGAAGGGGUAGGCUCCGGUAGGCGCGAGCUAGUCAGGUUAUCUACGUCUAUGCGAGAGAGCUGGCAAACCGGGCGGUUCUGGCUCAACUAUGCAGCUAGGAAAAGUUGGGCCUUUGACUCUAUUUACUGGAAGGUCUUGGAUGAGAGGUUCUUCGGGGAUAGGGGGGACAUCCCUGAAUAUAUUUGGUGGCAGACGAGGCUAGAUCUCUUAACUGACGAGGAAAGGCAGGCUAUGGAUCCCUUUGUGGAGAGAAAAAUGAAAGAAUAUAAAGCGGGACGUAUCUUAGUAGAUUGGGACCCAGAGGAAGCGAAAGAAGUCUUGGCUCAAGUUUUGGUGUAG